AUGGCUUCGAAAAAGACUGCGCCCUCGAUUGUAAAAUACACAUCUUCGACGGUCCAGACACCUCAGUCAACUUCAAAAACUUCCCACUCGUCACACCCUCCAUCUUCCUCGUCUCCACCGCCUUCUGGACCUAAGCAUGUCAUUCUAAAAUUUGUGGUAAAAUUCUUCCCACCUGAUCAUGCUCAGCUACAAGAAGAAUUAACAAGGUACUUAUUUGCAUUGCAAGUUAAACAGGAUUUAGCACAAGGAAGACUAACCUGUAAUGACACUAGUGCUGCUCUUUUAAUAUCACAUAUUGUACAAUCUGAAAUUGGGGAUUUUGAUGAAACCAUUGAUCAUGAACACUUAGCAAAAAACAAAUAUAUACCUCAACAAGAAGCUUUAGAAGACAAAAUAAUGGAAUUUCAUCAUAAUCAUAUUGGUCAGACACCAGCAGAGUCCGAUUUCCAGCUGCUUGAAAUUGCCCGUCGUUUGGAAAUGUAUGGAAUGCGGUUGCAUCCAGCUAAGGACAGAGAAGGAACUAAGAUCAAUCUAGGAGUGGCUCAUACAGGCAUUCUGGUGUUUCAGGGUUAUACGAAGAUAAAUGCAUUCAACUGGUCUAAAGUUCGGAAACUCAGCUUUAAGAGGAAGCGUUUUCUUAUUAAACUACGGCCAGAUGUAAAUAGUAACUUCCAGGACACAUUGGAAUUUCUAAUGGCUAGUCGGGAUUUGUGCAAGGCGUUUUGGAAAAUUUGUGUAGAACACCAUGCCUUCUUCAGGCUGUUUGAGGAACCCAAACCCAAACCUAAACCUGUUCUUUUUACCAGAGGUUCAUCUUUUAGGUUCAGUGGCCGUACUCAGAAGCAAGUCCUUGACUAUGUUAAAGAAGGAGGACAUAAAAAAGUGCAAUUUGAGAGAAAACACAGCAAGAUCCAUUCUGUUAGGAGUCUGACUCCAAAAUCUACAGAGCAACUUUCUGUGGUGCCAAAACAAAGUUCUAGUUUUACCUAUGGAGAUGGUGCUGAUUCCCUGGUUGUGCAAAGCUGCCAACAGGGAAAGGAAUUAAAAAUUUCAGUGGAAGAUGGUGGACCACACACAAUUCCUUCCCAGAAAAAAAGCUCUAAGGAAGGCCAGGGGAUAGAUGGUACUACAAUGGCAACGAUGGAGGAGGAAGAGGAGGUCGUAAAGGACAGGUCACAGCUCAGCAGAUCUCAGACACAGCAGCCAAGCACAGCAGGCUCUCUUGCUGGCAGCCCUCACCUUUCAGAACUGUCAAUCAAUUCUCAAGGUGGAUCAGCCAUAGCAAAUGCAACUUUGUCUCCUAAUUUGAGUCCUGAUAAUAGGCAAGCUUCUCCAUUGAUCAGUCCCUUGCUGAAUGAUCAAACUGGAGUCCGCGCAGACGAUGAAGAGGAGGUCAGGAGAAAGAGGUUUCCAACUGACAAAGCAUACUUCAUUGCUAAAGAAGUUGCCACUACAGAACGGACUUACCUGAAAGAUCUUGAAGUCAUUACAUCGUGGUUCCAGAGCACAGUAAGUAAAGAUGACUGCAUGCCAGAAGCACUGAAGAGUCUCAUCUUUUCAAACUUUGAACCUUUGCACAAAUUUCACACCAGCUUUCUAAAGGAGGUAGAACAGCGAAUUGCUUUGUGGGAAGGCCGUUCUAAUGCCCACUUGAAAGGAGAUUUCCAAAAAAUUGGAGAUGUUAUGCUAAAGAAUAUUCAGAAUAUGAAGCAACUAACCGUUCAUUUGCGAAAGCAUAGCAAAAUACUGCUAGAACUGGAAAAUGGAAUCAAGAACUCUCGCAGGCUCGAGGCCUUAUGCAGAGACUUUGAGAUGCAGAAAGUCUGCUACCUUCCCCUCAAUAUCUUCCUUCUCAGGCCACUGCAUAGACUGAUGCACUACAAGCAGAUAAUGGAAAGGCUCUGCAAACAUUAUCCACCCAAUCAUGGGGACUUCAGGGACUCCAGAGCUGCUCUGGCAGAAAUUUCAGAGAUGGUGGCCCAGCUCCAUAGCAGUAUGCUAAAAAUGGAAAACUUCCAGAAACUGCAUGAACUGAAAAAGGACUUAAUAGCUAUGGACAAUCUAGUGACUCCAGAAAGAGAAUUUAUUAGGCUGGGUAGUCUCAGCAAACUGUCUGGAAAAGGCUUACAGCAGCGGAUGUUCUUCUUGUUCAAUGAUAUCUUGCUGUACACAAGUCGGGGUCUAACAGCAUCGAAUCAGUUCAAAGUUCAUGGGCAGCUUCCACUGUAUGGCAUGAUGAUAGAAGAGAGUGAAGAAGAAUGGGGGGUUCCUCACUGCUUUACACUGAGAAGUCAACACCAAUCCAUUGUUGUUGCUGCGAGUAACCGCAUUGAAAUGGACAAGUGGACUGAGGACCUUCAGAUGGCCAUUGACUUGGCAGAGAACUGUAAUGAUCCUGCUUCUGAAUUCCAUGGAAAUAGCCCACCUGACACAAAGUCUCCCGAGGAGUCCACUGUAGACCAGGAAUCGGAGGAUGAUCUCAAUGCAUCCCGCACCUCGCUUGAACGUCAAGCUCCUCACCGUGGCAACACUACAGUGCACGUCUGCUGGCACAGAAAUACCAGUGUCUCUAUGGUCGACUUUAGUAUUGCAGUGGAGAACCAACUCUCUGGAAACCUUCUGCGAAAAUUCAAAAACAGCAAUGGGUGGCAGAAGCUUUGGGUGGUGUUCACCAACUUCUGCAUGUUUUUCUACAAAUCUCACCAGGACAAUCAUCCCUUAGCUAGCCUUCCUCUGCUGGGCUAUUCUCUUACCAUUCCUUCUGAAUCUGAGAACAUUAAUAAAGACUAUGUCUUUAAGCUACACUUCAAAUCCCAUGUGUACUAUUUUAGGGCGGAGAGUGAAUAUACAUUUGAAAGGUGGAUGGAGGUAAUCCGAAGUGCCACAGGCCCAGCCUCGCGUGUCCGUGUAUUAAGUCACGAAGAAUCCCAUGUUUAUUGAUGGCUGAACUCCAAAUGGUUCAUUCCAGCAACUGCUGCUUUUUUAGAGGAUAUUUGAAUUUAUUUUCCCCUUUUAAGAUUUAGUAAAACACAAAUCUAUUAAAAAUGUUUUGGAUCAGCUUUUGAAAUAAUGCCUCUACAGGUUUGUUUACUAUUAUCAGCCACGUGAGGGUUUCAUGUCUUGUAUUUGUUCUUUGGAGUGGUUUUUUUAGCUUGUGCCAGUAUUAAAAUAUUGUCCUUGGAGUGCCAAAUGCCAAAAGAUAUUUCUUCGCCUCAAAAAAUUUGCACCAGAAAUAUGUAGACCAAUUUUUGUAGCAACUUAAUUUUUUUUAUACUUCCUUGAAAACCUGAUGCCUCUUCUUUAAUAUACAGACCCUCAAAAUGAGUUUUGGACUGAUUUUUGUUUUGGUUAUUAUUAUCUAUUCACUUCACCACCUCAACAUAAAUCUUCAAGGUAAAGUUCUUUUAUUUUUGAUGUUUCUACACAGUUUGCUUGUAAGAAUUAAAACUGGCAGCCAAAUAUGUAGUUUGUUCAAUUCAUCUCACUUCUGAACGUUGGAAAUAUUUCCUUCCGAUAUUGUCAGAUGGAUUUGCCUGCUUUUUUCUGAUGAAAAUUAAUAUUGAGAUAGAAAAUCAUGCCCGAGAAACAGUUUACGUAUUUUACUCCAUGAAGUACUCGUAACAAUGUCUUAGGAAAUUUAAGAUGGUAUAAUGAUUUGUGUAACAAAAUGUCAAUAUCUGUGUUCUACAAGGAUUGUGGCAUUAAUUUUUUGUCAGAAAAUUGGUGUUUCAAUAAGAACAGGUGCGGGUGCAUCUCUUCAAAGGAAACAUUUGUUUCUGUAAUGUUUUGUCCCAAUAUACUCUGUGCUUCUGCACCUUUAUAAGUGGUACUAUAAAUCCAUUCAUAUUUUGUCUGUACAAAUUUGGAAGCAAUUAGAUAGCCUUAAAUAUGUUCAUUUAAUCAAUGUCCAGCCCGAUUAAGAGUCCAAAACAGCCUUUCUCAACCAUUUUCCCCCUGGAGGAAGCUUUGAAAUAAUUUUCAGGGCUCAGAGAACCCUUGCAUAAAAAUUAUUCUAUCUAAAGCUCACUAUGAUUAGCAGCAUGUAAAAAUUCCCACCUUUGGAAGUGUUGACAUUGCAUGGCACACAAAAUUUAAAACAACAACAACAGUAUUUUGUUAAUAUAAUAAUGACCUUUCAUGGAACCCAAGUUGAGAAAGGCUGUUCUAAAGAUUUGAUUGAGAGUAUAAACUUUCCAGCAAUUGAAAUAGAUUCAUUGUGUAUUAUUAGAUGUAAUAUGAAUCCCACCACAUGUCACACAUUUUAAGAAAAAUGAUUUCUACUGUAUCAAUCUCUUGCUUUAAGAGCAGGUUUGGCAAAUAUAGAGGCUCUGUUGUAUAAACAUGUUUUAAGAUUUGCUUACAGAAAAGGGAAUAAAAUACCUCAACAGCUUUAAACAGUGUAUAUAGCUUUGAGGGUUUCUUGC